AUGCUGCGAAGCCUGAGUGUGGGAAUUGUGUCAGUCAGAAACGUGAAUGUAUCUAUCGGAGAGAAACUCCACGAAAACGGUACGUCAUGCUGCUUCGAAUUGCGUUCUCUAAUAAAUGACAGGCCUACGUUCUCUCAGAUUGGUAAACUGCAACGAGAUCUGGCAACUCUUAAAGUGUUCCUGUUGACUCUCAAGAGAAGCAGUCCCGAGGAUCGAGAGAAACUACUCAACGAAGCUGUUGAUGAAGAUGGGGCUGUUAAUUUGCUAGACUCUACUGCUGACCCUGCUGAAGAACCUUCAUCACGAAAGGACACAAGUCAACCUAUUGAUAGAGGUUCCACUACGCCAAUAAUAUCAUCAGAUGACGAGUUAAAUAUUGCCAACUUUAUAUCGGUCGAUGAUGCCGGCACAACAAACAGCUUCGGUCCAUCGUCUGCGCUUCACAAUCCUGCAAGGAACGACAAGGGAACACCAUCAUCCCGCCAAUCUACAACAACAGAGCAUGCCAAGAAUGAACUAAUAGCCAAUGCCGCUCUACAGCGGCAUCUUGAGCACCGUUUUACCAGACAUGCCACAAUUGCUGGGGAGCCCACCGAACUUGCGCUCCAUCUGCUGAACUUGCACUGGGCUCGUCAACAUCACACUUUUCUGCUGACAUAUCGACCGGCUGUUAUGCGAGACUUGGAAUGUUCUGGCCCGUACUGCUCUGCUUUCAUGCUAAAUGCUAUAUUCGCAUGCUGUAGCAAGUUCUCUCCACGACCUGACGUCAGGGACGACCCAAAUGAUGUAUCGAGUGCUGGCCGCCGUUUCUUUAAGCGCUGUGAUGAGCUUCUGAGCAGUGGCUCUCUUCUCACAAGACCACAUAUCUCCACAAUCGUUGGACUUGUUCUUCUGGGUUCGACGUAUAACGCUCGCGGAGAGACUUCAAAAGGCUGGCUAUAUACAGGAUACGCUCUACGGAUGGUUUAUGAUCUCGGCCUUCAUCUCGAUCCCAAGCAGACUACGGAAGAUCCCGAAGAGAUUGAGAUCCGACGACGGGUCUUCUGGGGCGCUUUUGUUUGCGAUAAGCUUCAGAGUCUCUAUAUGGGUCGUCCAGUGGCUAUCAAUCUCCGUGACUCGCAAGUAUCUCGCGAGUUCCUUGACUUGUACGAGGAAAUGGAGCCAUUUUAUCCUUCAGCCUUGGCUGCAGGUUCAUCCUCCAGACUUGAUGAAAACAUGGGCGACGCAAUCCCAAGACACUCCGUUUCGACUUUCCAGCAGCUAUGCCUCCUCUCCAAGAUAAUGACGACUAUCAUCAAUCGCUUCUAUGUGGUUGGCGCCACGUUCUCAAAUGCUCAGAUCGAUUUACAAAAGAUUGAGCAGGCUUUGCAGCAGUGGCGAGACAAGUUACCGUCGGAGCUAGAUUUCCAACCAUGGUUGUCCACGGGCACCGCGGUACAAACACCUAACAUUAUGGUUCUUCAUAACGUCUAUCACUCUCUCAUCAUUCUUGUCCAUCGGCCAUUUAUCUCAGAUGAUCAUCUCCGAUCCACUGCCACGUCAGGACGUUCAUGGGAGCAAUGCACUGUUGCGGCCAGAUGCAUCACCCGUAUAGCCUCAGUCUACAAGUCAACCUAUGGGCUUAAUGGGGCUCCUUACAUUCUCGCAUACACGGUAUAUGUGGCGUGCACAAUCCACGUCCGUAAUGCAGCUUCUCAAAGCCAGACGCGUGACCAUUUAACCUUGCUCAAGUCUAGUCUAGAGUGUCUGGAUGAACUAUGCACGGCGAAUCCGGGUGUUGCGAAGCCUGCAAAGAGUAUCAGGCGUUUAAUUGAGGCUAAUCGGCUGAGUUUGAUGACAGGUAUGUCCAAAGCCCUGCCUUGUGGUUACUUGUAUAACAUUAACCUCCAUGCAGAAGACUCGAACGCUCUUGAACAUGCCGAUGCGUCGUUUGACUUGGAUACUAUUCAGAGCACGUUUUCGGUUGCUGACUGGUCCAACGCUGGUUCCGAUAUGUUCCACAUGGGAGACUUUGAGUACGGUCUCCCAAUCGAUCCCUUGUUCGGCUGGAUUAAUGUCUCAACUCCAUCCCUGGAUGAAGUGUCGUCAGCUGUCAGCAAUAAUCAGUCACUCUAUCAAUCAUGGCGGUAG